UUGUUGCCUUUGUGUAUCUGUGAUUGUAGUUUUCUUUCUGUCAAUUUUUUUAGCUAUUGUCGACCAUUUUUCAAAAAAAGUUUUUAAUAAACAAGGAUUACCAAAGAAGUAAAUCCCAAAAUGCCGGAACUCACUGAAUUGGACAAAGCCACAGCAUCCAUGACUGAGAAACGCAAGGAAGAGACUGCUUCCUCAGACAGUGACUCUGAUGAUACUAUUCCUGAGCUAGAAGAUGCAGGUGCACCUGGUGCUGGAGGUAUUACAAACCCUAUCGCUGGUAUUGAUAUUGUAUCUAAGGCAAAACAAUCACGAGGAGAAAAGAAAGCUCGUAAAAUUAUGAGCAAGUUGGGUUUAAAACCUGUGCAAGGAGUAAACAGGGUGACCAUCAGGAAGUCAAAGAACAUCCUGUUUGUGAUCAACUCACCAGAUGUGUACAAGAACCCACACUCUGACACAUACAUUGUAUUUGGCGAGGCCAAGAUUGAGGAUCUGUCACAGCAAGCAACAAUGGCAGCUGCAGAGCGCUUCAAGGCUCCGGAGACAGCUGCUUCAGGCAAUGACUCCACCACUACUGGCACUACCGUAGCACCGAUAGCCGAAGAGGAAGAUGAAGAAGGUGUGGACGAAUCUGGUGUUGAUGAAAAGGAUGUGGAGAUAGUAAUGACGCAGGCGAACGUCUCGAGGGCACGGGCUGUCCGUGCAUUGCGUAAUAACCAAUCCGAUAUUGUCAAUGCUAUAAUGGAACUUACAAUGUAAGAAGCAGAUAGUCACAAGAAUUACUUUAAAUGUUCCUAGUUAUAAGUCUUUUUGUUAUCUAAAUUGGCUUGAAAUUAAGAAGAAAUAUUUUGUCUGAACACUGGUAUUAUGGAAGAGAACCCAAAGUAAAAUCUUUACAAUGCCUUCCAAUUAUGGUUAUACAUUAUGGAUGGAUAUGAGAAUGUAAAUAGUUAUUUACUUCAGACUACAAUAAAAUGAUCUAAGAACUAAAA